AUGAUGGAACUUCAGGAUCUCAGCACAAAAAGUGAAAAUAGUUCGUCUUCAAGUCUGCCGUAUUUUUCUUUAUCAACAAAUGAAAAGAGUGUCAUAUCAAAGAUCUUUUUUUUAUGAAUAAAGCCUAUUCUUGCUUUAGGGUCAAAAUCUGUCAUAAAUAUUGAAGAUACUUUGCCACUUCCAGAUGAAGAAUCUGCAAUCAAAGAAAAUCUGACGAAAACCUUAGAAAAAUACAAGCUUUCUAAGGCAAUUUUUAUUGCACAUAAAGGACUAAUAUUUAAGACAAUUUUGCUUUAUCUGUCAAUUACGUCGUUUGAGUUCGGAUAUCCUAUUUUUAUCAAACUUUUUAUAUCAUAUAUAGAAUCAGGGGCAGAAUCUCUUUUAUAUGGGGUCUUAUUGUCGCUUUGUUUUACUACAAUUGUCCUUUUAACACAAAUUUUAAUUGGACAAUUUCAUUGGCACUGCAAAUUAUUAGAAUUAAGAGUUAAAAAUGCAAUAUCCAGCGUAGUUUAUAACAAAAUUCUUAAAGUGUCAUCAAUAUCUGAAGGGCUUGGAAUAAAUCUUCUGCAGGUUGAUAUUAGGAAAAUUUAUGAUUGUAUACCUUCAGAACAGGUAUGGCUCGAUCUGAAACUCCCCCUCCCCUCCUCCCUGACGGUUUCAGUAUGAACGAAAUUGUUAAUUCAAAAUGACAAUUUCCUCACUAAGGAUUUGACAAGUCAAAUUCAAUUUGUAGAUUUCAAUAAUGCUGAAAUCGUCAAGGGAUGGGGGAGGGGAGGGGGUUUCUCAGGUCGAUCUAAAACCGUUCUCACGGUAUAUCCCAAAAAUCAGCAUAAUACUACUGUGCCCAUUAAAUGCUACUUAUGCAAUAAUUCUGGUUUCAAAUCAAGUUGGGGAUGCUGUCUAUGCAGCCAUUGUCACUUUAUUUUUGUGUAUUUCGUUGAACUAUAUAGUAGCUUUGAAAAUAAAAAAAUAUUCUGAAAAUUUGAUGACAAUAAGAGAUAAAAGAAUAGAGGCAUCUACACAGAUGCUAAGUAAUAUCAAAAUGAUUAAGGCGUAUUGCUGAGAAAAUUAUUUCAAAGGAGCAAUAAAGAAAAUUAGAAAUAGCGAGCUCUCGUUUUUGAGGUUUUUAAAAUAUUAUCUAAUAAAUUAAUUAAAUGAUUGUAAAAAUUAUUAUUUUAAAAUAAAAAUAUAAUUUUAUAGCAAAAAAUAAUAUAGCAGCAUAUACUAUCAUCUACAGUUGAUUUCUUUUAUUUUUCUAUACCAAGUUUGACAUCUGGCUCUGUCUUUCUUUAUUACACUUUUAUUAUGGGAAAAACCAUAACUGCAGGAGAAGCUUUCGUAACUUUAAUAACCCUUAACAUACUUCAAGAUUCCCUUCAAUGGCUUCCAUAUUUCGUUUCAGAUUUACUUAUCUGCUUUGUAAGUAUCAAAAGAAUGCAAACUUUCCUUGACGAGCCUGAUAUAAAAGAAUUGGCUUACUCAGAUUCAGCAACUCUAAACAACUGUUCGUUUUCAAUUGGUGAUACAAAAAUUUUGAAAAAUAUUAGCUUGCAAAUAAAUAAAAAAGAAUUUAUUGCAAUAACUGGACCUGUAGGAUGCGGGAAAUCUGCACUUCUAAAUAGCUUAAUGAAUGAAAUGUCGCAAUUAAAUAUGGCGUCUUCGUCUGGGCAUGGCCUCCCGGACAUGCAGCCUCGACUCAUAUUUAAUUAUAUCCGCAAGGUUUUACCAUUCUAGAGAUGGACGGCAAUACUAGGUAAGCAAUUCUGGUGGUGUUCAGAGCCUAGUCCUAGUCUAUUCUCAGGGGUGGAUUUUUCUCGUGGGGAAGGAGGGCACGGAGUUGGAAAGGGGAAGCUCAGCAGAGUCCGUUAGGACCAAUCGGGCAACUCCCUAGCGUGAAACUGGGCGUUACGUCCCAGGCUACGUGUUUUUCCUUUUUGCCGAUAGCCGACCAGAAAAAUCCAUUUUUUGGGUUUUUCGGAAAAGCAACCCAUGUAUCAAGCAAGUAGCUCAUCCAUGAGCCGUCGAAGCCGGAACACUUUCCCGAGAAGCACCCUGGUGAUCGAAGCAGGCCAUCCCCAGCGACCUGUGGGCCCGAUGCGACGCAAGGCGAGUGAUAGUACCUGGGGUUGUCACCCCGUAGUGGACGUUAAACGUUAUAAAUUCUAUAAGAUAAGAUAAGAGUGAAAUGUCGCUCUCAUCUGGUUCUGCUACAACUUUUAAAAGCCUCGCAUUUGUGUCUUCAUUAGAUUCUUGGCUUCAGAACGAGUCAAUUAGAAAUAAUAUUUUAUUUGGGCUGCCUUAUAAAGAAGAAUGGUAUAAAAUUGUAAUUGAAGCUUGCGCCUUAGUCCAAGAUAUAAAUUCUCUUCCAGAUAAAGAUCUAACUGAAAUUGGUGGAAAAGGUAUAAAUCUCAGUGGUGGGCAAAAAGCUAGGAUUUGCCUUGCCAGGGCUGUUUAUGCUGAUAAAGAUGUUUAUUUAUUAGAUGACCCUUUAAGUUCUGUAGAUACAGAUGUAGCUAGUCAUAUCAUAGAUGAAUGCUUAUUAGGAAUACUCUCGAAGAAAACCAAAGUUUUAGCAACCCAUCGUUUAGAUAUUCUUAAUAAAGUUGAUCGUGUAGUUAUACUGGAGAAUGGAACAAUCAAAGAAAUAACUACCCCAGAGAAGUUGAUAAUAACUGAUUAUGUGUAUGGGAUAAUAAAAAUAUGACGAUUGUCGAAUUUUCAGGUCUCCCAGCCAAGAUUUUCCCUUGUAUAUUUUUAUAAUGACUGUGAGCUUUAGAGGAGUGCCUGACUAAUUCAAGUAGACUUUUAAGCCCAAAGAGGAGUCAUGAAAAGCCCAAAUUUCAAUACUGGUGCCCUUAUUUUACCUAAGGCUAGGUGGUCACGCUUUGGAAGGCUAAAGGGAAAUGGCGCAAACACUCCAGUAUAGUUUUAGCCAUAGCAGCGGGGCGACCUAGUAGUAGACGCUAACUCCCCCCCCUCCGUGAGUGAACAAAAAAUUUUUGUUCACUCACGGAGGGGGGUUAAUUUUUUUUUUUAAAACAAAUUUAUAUAUAAAUUUUAUAAUAAAUAUUUUUUUCGAAAUUUAAAAAAAUCCUAAUUCGCAAAAAUUGGAAAGCAAAUAUUAAUUUAAUUUAUAAAAUUUUAUGUUUUAAAGAGCAAUUCGUUUAAAAUUAAAUAGAAUUAGCUCUAGAUUUCAUUAUACUAAUUAUCAUUUAUAUAUCAAAAAUUAUUUCCAUAAAAAAUUUUUGUAUUAAAAAAAUUUUUGUUUACUCAAGGAGGGUGGGUUUUUGGGCAAAAAAUAGCGAUUUUUCUAAUGGUUUUGUUCACUCACGGAGGGGGGGGAGUAAGCAAAUAGACCAAUUUGAUUUGAUUAUGUUGCACAGAAUUAUGAAUCGAAAUUAGAAGAUAUUGCUAAUGCUCAAAAUAAAUUGGUAGCAGAAGAAGAAAGAGAAAUGGGAAGAGUGAAUUUAGCGGUUUAUAAUGACUAUUUAAAAUAUUCAGGUGGAUAUUCUAUGCUAGGUUUGGCAAGUGUGUGCAUUGUGCUGUGAGCAUCCACAAGGGUUUUAGGAGAUGUUAUGCUAAAAGAAUGAGCAAUGCAUCCUGAUGAUAUUGACCAUACUUAUCUAUUUUUAUUUCUAGGGCUGAGAUUUGGUGGUAGCUUAUUUAUUUACAUUAGAACUCUCUUUUUGCUAGUAAUACAAGGCAUAAGAGCUUCUAAGAAUAUACACAAAGCGAUAAUCAAUUCUUUUUCAAGAGCGCCAGUUAAUCUUUUUUAUGAUGUAACCCCUCUAGGAAGAAUCCUCAAUAGGAUUAGUAAAGAUUUAAAUACAAUUGAUGAAAGUAUUUCCCGACUUAUUUGUACUGUUGCUACAGAAACAUGUUUACAAUUAUCAAAAGUUAUACUGACUCUCAUUUAUUUUCCCAUGACUAUUUUAAUUAUACCUCCUUUGCUUUAUUUUGCGAACCAAAUAAAAAACAAGUUUUUAAAUGUUGCGACUGAUUUAGUCAGGCUUGAGGCAACUUCUAUAUCUCCUGUGCUAAAUCAUUUCAAAGAAACUAGUUCAGGUGUUAAAAUCAUAAGAACUUUUAACAGAAAACAAAAUUUUCAGCAAAAGAAUUACCAAUUGUUAGAUAACAGCACAAGAGUUCAAUAUUCGCUUGGAGCUUGCAGGUGUUGGCUACAGACUAAUUUAGGAUUUCUAAGCGCAUUUAUAACUUGCACAGUAACUUUACUUAUAAUUAUUUUCAGAACCAAUAUUUCACCUGGAAUUGUAGGAUUGGUAUUAACAUAUGCUCUUUCUCUCCCAGGCGGGGUGACUUAUUUAGUUCAAGUCUUAGCAGACACUGAAAAUAACUCAAAAACUUGGUUCGACAAAUUUAUACGAAACUGUCAGAAGUCGACUUAAAGAACCUGAUCUAAGUAGUGUUAAGACAAACCUUUUAAAGUCUAUUAUGCGAAUAAUAUAAGAGUAGCGAUAAUCAAUUUUUUUGACAUAAAUUAAAUAGUAAUUUUUUUAUUUUUUGCAGUCUGUUAAGAACAAAAAUAGGGAAGUCGGUUAUAAGAAAUAGAAUGAAGUCGUUUAAAUAGUAAUUGAUCGAGUCGAACAAAAGAAAUCGUUUGAAGUCGUCUUUGUGAAAUAUAAUCAAGUCGAGUAGUGCAAACAUAAGAAAAACAUGAUAAAUGCCUUCAAGUCUGGAUUGUGAAAUCUAUAGAGGUCGACUAUAAGAAAUAUCAUAAAGUCGAUUAUAAGAAAUAAAUUCAUUCUCUCGACUUGACAGCUUUCAUCAUCUGAUAGUGAAGAAAAACGAUAAACCCUUUGAAGUCUAGGCUAAAAUCUAAGUCGUUUUUAUGAAACCGUUAGAAGUCAGGUUAACGAAACUCAAGAAGUAGGUUAUAAACAAAAGCAGUCAAGUCGAUUAAUUUUUACCAUUAUGAUAAAAAUAGGCAAGUCGGUUAUAGCAAAUUUUAAUAUAUAAAUGUUUUUUAAAAUAAUUGCUUUAUGAUACUUUUAUUAAAUAAUUAAUCCUAUUUAAGGAUUAGGACAGCCUCCUAGAAGGCUGAAGUAAUUUAACGUAAUUAUAAUUUCUAAUUAUUAUUUAAGGGGCUUAUUAAAUUCUCUUAUUAAGUAAUAAUAAUAAUGGCUGAACGUUUAUGCAUCCCAUCUAUGGACACUUCCAAGAAAUUUUAAGAUCAGAAGAAAGUGCAAUCGCCUGGUGCCAAGAAGUUGGAAUCCUCAAGCCAAACAUAUGUGACUUAUGCCAUGGAAAUUGUGUUAUGUAUUUGCGCAAUGAAAGUCCUUUUCUCCGUUGUUUUAAAUUGCAACAUAAGCUUAUCUGUCAGAAGAAGCUCUAUAUUUUACAAAUCCAGGCUACAAAUAAGGCAAAUCGUGCUGUUGAUUUUUCGUUGUUUCGUUAGAGAGCAUCCUCUUAUUACUAUAGUUGAAAACUCAGAGAUUCCAAGAGAGUCAGUAAUAAAGCUCUUCAAGAAAAUAAGAGCUUUGAUUAAAGAAAAAGUAGCAGAAGAAUAUUUGACAGAUACUCAACUUGGCAUAGAGAAUGAAGCUGGCGAAGGUCAUCCAACGGUUGAAGUCGACGAAAACUCAUUUGGGCAACAAUAGAUGGCGAUACUAAAUGGUUAUUUGGUCUCUAUGACAGAGGAACUGAAGAUUUCAAAGUAUAUUAUGUUGGAAAUGAUAGAAAGCUGGGAAAAUUUAGAAGGAUAUAUUAUAAAUUCAGUUUGUAAUGAUCCAGCAAAUCCAAAUAAAUUUUUUAGUGAUGGCUGAGCAGCCUACAAUCAACUGCCAACAAUUGGAUAUCUGCAUUCAAUUGUCUACCAUAAUAGAGACUUUGGCACGGAAGGUUCACAACCAAUAAUAUCGAGAUAAUGAAGCAGAAUGAAGAGGCUCAGAGCUUAUAAAAACGGAUUCCACCCAAGAAAUGAUAAGGAACUUGAAGAUUAUGCUCUAUAUUUCUACUGGCUUUUGAAGCAUAGGUCUGUUCCUGAAAGAAUUGAUCUUUUGAUAGAAAUACUUAAUUUUAAUAGUUUCUAAUAAUUUAUUUUAAAAAUGUUUAAAGUUUUAUUAUUUAAGAUUAGUAUUACUCGUAAUAUUAAAAUUUGCUAUAACCGACUUGCCUAUUUUUAUCAUAAUGGUAAAAAUUAAUCGACUUGACUGCUUUUGUUUAUAACCUACUUCUUGAGUUUCGUUAACCUGACUUCUAACGGUUUCAUAAAAACGACUUAGAUUUUAGCCUAGACUUCAAAGGGUUUAUCGUUUUUCUUCACUAUCAGAUGAUGAAAGCUGUCAAGUCGAGAGAAUGAAUUUAUUUCUUAUAAUCGACUUUAUGAUAUUUCUUAUAGUCGACCUCUAUAGAUUUCACAAUCCAGACUUGAAGGCAUUUAUCAUGUUUUUCUUAUGUUUGCACUACUCGACUUGAUUAUAUUUCACAAAGACGACUUCAAACGAUUUCUUUUGUUCGACUCGAUCAAUUACUAUUUAAACGACUUCACUCUAUUUCUUAUAACCGACUUCCCUAUUUUUGUUCUUAACAGACUGCAAAAAAUAAAAAAUUACUAUUUAAUUUAUGUCAAAAACAUUGAUUAUCGCUACUCUUAUAUUAUUCGCAUAAUAGACUUUAAAAGGUUUGUCUUAACACUACUUAGAUCAGGUUCUUUAAGUCGACUUCUGACAGUUUCGUAUAAAUUUGUCGAGCCAAAUAACUCAAUUUCUGUAGAAAGAGCUACAGAAUAUAUGAAUCUGCCCAAAGAGAAUGCCUAUAUAAAGCCAAUAGAUGAAAAAAUCAAAGAGUGGCCGGUAAGACCGACAAUAGAAUUUCGAGAUGUCCAAAUGAAAUACCGCCAAAACACACCUAUAGUUCUCAAAAAAACUUCAUUUUGCAUAGAUGCAGGACAUAGAAUUGGCUUAGUUGGAAGAACUGGAAGUGGCAAAUCCUCUAUAUUUUUAUGUCUUCUAAGACUUGUUGAGCUGACUUCUGGCUCAAUAUUAAUAGAUGGGGUCAAUAUUGCUCAAAUUGGCCUAAAAAAAUUACGAUCAGCACUAACCCUAGUUCCUCAAGAUCCGCUUGUGUUUUCUGGGACUCUUCAAAGUAACUUAGACCCUACAGGUGCAAAAAGUGAAAUAGAAAUUUAUAGGGCAUUAGAAGAAGUAGGGCUAUCUCGAUUUCCUAUUGAUUUUGAAGUAAAACAAGAUGGUACAAACUUGUCAUCUGGAGAAAGACAAUUAAUAAGCUUGGGAAGAGCUAUGCUGAGCCAUAACAAAAUUAUUUUAUUUGAUGAAGCAACAGCAGGGAUUGAUAAUGAGUCUGAUGCAAAAAUUCAAGAUUUAAUCAAAAAUAAAUUCGUUGGAUGCACAAUUCUGACGAUUGCACAUAGAAUUGGGACAAUUAUGAACAAUAACUUGAUUAUUGUAAUGAAUGAUGGAAAAGUGCAAGAAAUUGACUCUCCUCAAAACUUAUUAUUGACAAACUCGCUAUUCAAAAAUAUAAGAGACGCAAUUAAAUAA